GUGCUGAGGCAGGAGAGGCCUCCCUUGCCAAGGCGAGGCCUCCUUCCCCUCCCAAGCCAGGGCCCGAGGGCGGCCUGCUGCUGCUGCUCCUCCGCCUCUUCCCCGGAGAGGAGCCCGCCCAGGCCGCGCCUAAGUUCGGAGCCAUGAGGGGCGCCGCGUUGCUGCUGGGCCUCCAAAGAAAUGCUGCUCCUCGGCGGCUCUUGGCGGCGGGAAGCGGCGGCCUUCGCCGUGGCCGGAGCAGCGAGGCCUGCGACCCCGGGCCCGGCCCUGUGCGGAUCGGCUGCGCCUCAGGCUUCUGGGGAGACACGGCCGCCUCAGUUCCUCAAUUGCUAUAUGGAGGGAAGCUGAAUUUCCUGGUCUUUGAUUACCUUUCUGAAAUCACAAUGUCUUUACUAGCUACUGCCAAAGCAAGAGCUCCAGACUUGGGGUACACACCUGAUUUUGUAUUAACUGCAAUGGCUCCUUAUAUAAAGGAUAUACACAGGAAAGGUGUUCGUAUUAUCAGCAAUGCUGGUGGGAUGAAUCCACUUGCAUGUGCUGCUGCUCUCCGACAGGUGGCAGAAAAGGCUGGUGUGGACUUGAAGAUAGCUGUGGUUACUGGUGAUGAUUUGAUGGGGGAGUUAAAUAACAUUAAGAAAGCUGUCUACAAAGGGGAGAAUGGGAUGCCAUUUCCAGAAAAUAUCCAAAGCAUGAAUAUAUAUCUUGGUGCAAAACCAAUAAGUCGAGCUCUUGACCUGGGGGCAGAUGUUGUAGUGACUGGAAGAUGCGUUGACAGUAGCCUUGUAUUGGGACCACUCAUGCAUUCUUUUGGAUGGAACAGAGAUGAGUUCAACCUCCUAGCAUCUGGCAGUCUUGCAGGCCAUCUGAUUGAAUGUGGUGCUCAGUGUACAGGAGGAAUAUUCACUGACUGGCAUUCUAUACCAGACUGGCAUAACAUCGGUUUUCCCAUAGUAGAAUGUUCUGCUGAUGGAAGUUUUAUUGUAUCCAAACCACCCAACACAGGGGGCCUGGUAUCUUUUGGCACAGUAGCGGAACAGUUGGUAUAUGAAAUUGGCAACCCUAAGGAAUAUAUCUUACCAGAUGUCACAUGUGAUUUCUCACACGUUUCCAUUACCGAAAUCCCAGGUGUUGAAGGUGGUGCAGUGAAGGUUCAGGGAGCUAAAGGAUUGCCUCCUUCAUCCUGUUACAAGGUGAAUGCCACAUAUCUUAAUGGAUUCAGAGCUACAGCUUGCUGUCCAGUGGGAGGCCCAAGAGCAACAGAAAAGGGCAGAAGAACUGCUAAAAGUAUUUUAGAAAGGACUCGCAUUAUGUUUGAUAAACUGGGAUAUGGGGAUUACAGUGCUGUUAACCUACAGAUUCUAGGUUCUGAGGAAACAUAUGGACCACAUGCCAAACAGAACAUAGAUGGGGGUCCUCGGGAAGCUGUUGUUUGGCUUGCUGUACUUCAUAAGGAAAAAAAAGCAGUGGAAAUCUUUUCUAGAGAAAUUGCCCCAGCUGGAACUGGAAUGGCACCUGGUCUCACUGGAAUUGUUGGAGGGCGUCCCAAAGUUUCUCCAGUUCUGAAACCAUUUUUCUUCCUUUAUCCCAAAAAGAAUAUUAAGAUCGACAUAUAUAUGAAUGGACAUCAUGUUGAAACGUUUGAAGAAGAUCUUUCAUUCACUUCAGAUGCACCCAUUUCACCUGAGGAGCAAAAGAUUCAAGAAGAUAUGAAAGAUUUACCAAGUGGUCCACACGCAUAUCGCCUGGAAGAGCUUGCCUAUACCAGGAGUGGGGACAAGGGCAACUCAGCAAACAUAGGUGUCAUAGCCCGACAUCCCCUCUACUAUCCAUACCUCAAGAAAAUUUUAACUGCUCAGGCAAUAGAGGAUUAUUUCCAGCAUCUUUUAGAGAAAGAAAAAUCUGGGCAGAGCUUGGUCACAAGAUAUGAACUACCUGGAGUAUAUGGACUGAAUUUUGUACUAAAAAACUCGCUUGGUGGCGGUGGCACAGCAUCACUGAGAAGUGACCCACAGGGCAAGGCAUUUGGGCAGAUGCUGCUGGACUUUGAGAUAAAAAAUGUUCCUGAUCUAAAGUCUUUGAUAGAAUAAGAUAAUUAUCGCUUUUCAGUUUUAAAAACUACAUUAAAUAAAAAUCAAGAAGAAAUAAAUUAUCAAGAAAAAAAUCAAGGCACUCCUAAAUGUGGUAGCGGUUUAACUAAUUACCCAAAGCAGAGAUAAUGGAAUGUUGUGAGUAAUGCCAGAUUUGUUGCUUUGUAAGGGACUGGUAUUUCCCAUCUACUGCUAUAUUCUAUGGUUAUAAUUAAGCAAUAAAUGAGCAUCUUUCUGAGAAAUAACCACAGUUCCAAAUGAAAGGUGCCUGUUUUCCCCAAUGGUUUGUGUUAAUAGCUGUAACAUUAACAAUUAUUAUGUCAGACGAUACAGAGAAGCUAUUGAAAACCACAAGCAUGUGGACAAUUUCAACAGAAAGGAGGAAACCAUGAAAAUGAACAAAAUCAGUCUACCAAUUUUUUUUAAAAAAACUCUAAAAUCAGGACAAUAAAUAAAGAGCAAUACUCAAACAACAGGGGAAUUCCUGACAUGAAACAAUCAAGGCCACUUAACACCUCCCAACAAAGAAUUCCCCCAGGCAGGAAGCACCCAGGCUUUGAAGCUGCAAGGCUAUUCAGUGCUAAUCAAGGUGAUCAAUUGCAACAUUCACACUUGCCUCAAACAGACAAGAGUUCUUUCUCCCACCCUGGAUAUUCCACAGAUAAAUAUAAGCCCCACUUACCUAGUUUCCAACAGGCCUCACAACCUCUGAGGAUUCCUGCCAUAGAUGUGGGUGAAAUGUUAGGAGAGAAUGCUUCUGGUACGUGGCCAUACAGCCCAGAAAACCUACAGCAACCCAGUGAUUCCAGCCAUGAAAGCCUUCAACAACACCAACUGCUGUUUAUAGAACUUGCUUCCAGUAAAAAAAAUAAUUGUCUGUUAAUGGGUGCGAUCCUGCGGGAUUGAAGUGUUGUUACUGCUUCCAUCCAUUAUUCUUGUUAACCAUCUUCAAGUCAGUAUUAGUUUAUGAUUAAUUCAGAAGUGGUUUACCAUUAUUUUCAUUUUGGGCUGAGAAGGUGUGACUUGCUAAUAGCUCAGUGGAGAUUUGAAGCCUGGUCACUGGAGUCCUACUCCCAACUCUCAAAUUGCUAUGCCUCACUUCUGAUAGACUAGAGUCUAAAAACUCUAGUUGCUCGUAACAAAUGGACACUCAGUUAGACAUAGUUAUGUUUCUUGUUGAGUUUCCCUCGACUGGCUUUGUCAUUGAUUUCAAUCUGUAGUUAGUUGAGAUUGAUGUAGUAUUUAUAUAGUGACAAUGGUUACUAUAUAAUUACAACAGUGACCUAUUGAGUGCCUCAAAUGUUAGACCUGUUGCUGGGUAUAUUUGACUUGCUGAUUCCAUACAGCUCGAAAAACUCACAGCAACCCAGUGAUUCCAGCCAUGAAAGCCUUUGACAAAAUAUACACUUUUUUAAAAUCCGAGAUAACUCUUCUCUCAGCAUGUCUAGGUACAAUAGUGCAAUUAUAUGGUCGAUAUCCAACCUAGAAGUCCUAAGUAUCUCUCUUUUCUGGGCGUCUAUUAGAGUCUGUCAUCUAAAGCAUUCUUUUUCUACUGACUUCUAAAAGCAUACAGUUUCUAAAAUAGAGUCUGAGAUCUGAACAGUCCCAGAUCUGAUCACAUGGUCUACAGUCCCUCCCACAACAUAGAGUUAGAGAAAAUUGCAUACCAGUGCACACAUAUACAAUACGGUAAGCAACCUGAAUUAUAUACAUAACAAAUAACUAGUGGAGGCUUGAAGAAGGUUGCUAUUUCCAACAUAAUAAGAUAUGCUACAAGGUAGAUUAUAUGUAAAUAUGUUACCAAUGAAAAACCACUCUAGAUUAUGUGAGGAUAUUCUGUACUUUUAGAUACAAAUGGAUUUUCUAGCACUUUUGAAACUAAGUGAUAAACCGUGGCAUCUGCCUGAUGAAACAGACUGGGUCUAAAUCUUGUAGUAGAUCUCGAAGGUGCCACAAGAUCCCUUUGUAUCCUAAUGCAGACUAGCAUGACUAUUUCUUUGAAUUAUGACUAUGGUACUUUUUGAGUCAGUUUCACAAUACAAAAGAAUAUUCCAACAACCUUAUGUUGCUGGGCAAGUAAGGAGAAAGUGUUCAGACUAUAUAAGCAAUUUGAAGUACCAAUAUUUGCUUUUCCUAUUGACAUUGAAAUUACAUUCAGGUGCAUGUGUAUGAGGUAAGGAAGGAUCCUUUCACGCAUGAAUGUAAGCUUUACAUUCAAUGUUCAAGAUCCAAAGAACUAUUUUGGAUAAGCCUAAUCAGGUAAAGCAUUUUAUACUCUUUGGGAGAAAAAAGAAUGUGUAUUUUUAAAAUGUUUUUUUCUGAGAAUUGUCAGGUACAACCAUAUACAAAAAUGUAGCUAAUAGGGAGAUUAGAUGUCUAGGAAUGCUUGUAAAACACUGUAAAGUUUUGCUAACAUUGGCGUGAGCUAUUCCAGCUUUAUCCAAAACUUGCAUAUAUACAGCAUCUCUAAUUUUCCUACUUGUAAUCAAUAGCAAUGUUUGAAUGUAUUCCACAAUUUAUGUUCACUUCAAGCAUAUAUUUAGAUCAGUAAAGGAAGACAGUAUUAAAGGCACAGCUGGUUAUGUCCAAGAAAGUAGAAAGUAUAUCAGGGUACAGUCAUUUCUUGAUUGUUUACACUACUAUGUAUACUUUUAACAUAAAAUAAAUGUGAAAUAAUAUAAAUGGG